ACCACAAAAUGGCGACCGGUGGAAGAUUGAAGACAUUUGGAGAUAAACCAAAAUCAUUCGCGCUCGAAGAAAAUGGUGAAACAUACUAUAUCGGAUCAGAAGUUGGUAAUUACCUCAGAAUGUUCAGAGGAUCCUUGUACAAAAGGUUCCCGUCAAUGUGGAGAAGACUUAUUACUGCAGAUGAAAGAAAGAAACUUGCACAGAUAGCAGGAUUUGGUCAACAUUCCCUGGCAACCAAUAUCACACUUUUGCGAUCAUCUCAAGUUGAUGAAAUAAUAGAACAUGGAGGAGAAAAGUUCAAAGAUGCUGGAGUUUCCAGUGAAGUUUCAGUCAUUAAAAGGGGUGAUUCAAAACAGAAGCGCUCCACCUGGGUUCCAACAGUUCCCAGCUCAUCUCAUCAUCUCGAUGCUGUCCCGUGUUCUACCCCAAUCAACAGGAACAGGAUAGGCAAGCCAAAAGUCCGGACAUUCCCAUUAUGCUAUGAUGACUCAGACCCUUCUCAAAUCCAUGAAAAUAGCACCCAGCCGGAAAACUUGGUACCAAUACGCCUCGAUAUGGAAUAUGAGGGACAGAAACUGAGGGACUGCUUCACUUGGAACAAAAACGAGAUGAUGAUAACCCCAGAGAUGUUUGCUGAGGUGUUAUGUGACGACCUUGACCUGAACCCUGUGAACUUUGUGCCAGCUAUAGCCCAGGUGAUCCGCUCCCAGCUGGAGCAGUAUUCCGCAGACCAGGCGGAACAGUUGGAGGAACCAACCAAUGACCAAAGGGUCACCCUCAAGUUGAACAUCCAUGUGGGCAACAUUUCCUUGAUGGAUCAGUUUGAGUGGGACAUCUCAGAGCCAGACAACAGUCCAGAGGAGUUUUCCACAAGGCUCUGUGCUGAACUAGGACUUGGUGGAGAGUUUGUGACAGCCAUUGCAUACAGCAUCCGAGGCCAAAUCAGCUGGCACCAGAAAACGUAUGCUUUCAGUGAGACCCCACUGCCGAUUGUGGAGGUGGCGAUCCGUAACCAGAGCGAGGCAGACAACUGGUGCCCAUUCCUAGAGAUUCUCACAGAUCAGGAAAUGGAGAAGAAGAUACGCGACCAGGACAGAAACACCAGGCGUAUGCGACGUUUGGCGAACACAGCUCCAACUUGGUGAGGCACAGUCUGAAGAUAUUUUCCGGUAGUGACAAGUUGUUACUGUGUGAUGCUACAUGGACGCGAUGGACAAUUAUGUGCAAUGAAUCUGUACAGAGACCCAAUUGAGUUGUCAAAAAGUAGAGUCGUCAGGUCAGGGAAUAAAACACAGGAUGGACAUACUACUGUGAAGAAGUGUUCACAGCUGAAAAGUUUCAUCAGAUAACAUGUACUUAAAAUCUCAUUGAUUGAAGCUGGACUUCCUGAUCCUGGUUCAGGUCUUAUAAAUACAUGUGGAUAGUUUAUAAUACUUAGUUCAUUUGAAAAUGUGUUCAAAUAUUUGUAUUUUUGUGAAAUUAAAACUUUACGUUGUCA